AACAUAUUACGUUGCGCAUUUCAGUUCUUUCUAGGUGACGAGUCGAAUUAAACAUCUUAUUUCGUGCUGUGAGGUAGACGUCUGAUGGAAUAACUAGCGGUGCUGCGGGACGAAAAAUGAGAUUUGCUAAUACUGUAAGAGUUCGUCGAGUUGUCCGUUUUUUCUCAACAACGAAGUGGGCAUUAAAGAACGUUUUACAAUGCAGUCGAAUCUUUUGUAACGCUAUAUUGUUACAGUUGAGAUUUAUCAGGAUAACAUGAUUGGAUGAGACAAGCAGCUGUCAUUUGGCAUUGUUUCUAUAUUUGCCAACUGCUAUAAUCGAUAUGUCCGAAGCAGUUUCGGUAGAAACCGUUCCAUAUGCAGGUGAAGCUCACCAGUACGUGGUAGAUACGUAUUCAAAACUACAUGGUGAGCAAAUGUACGCUAAAGCGGCUCGGAAGCGAAAACGCGUUGUUGUGUGCGCCGUCGUCUUGUCCAUGGCCACAUUCAUCAUCGUUACUGUCAUCAUUGUCACCAUAAGCUCUUCACCUUCGUCUGUGGAGCUACCGUUGGUCGAGAUCCCUGAAUGGCCUCAACGAAAAGUUGUACAUCGCGAGACUCCUAGUGGAACGACCUCGCGAGUUCUAAAAAUACUUUUUACAAACGAGACCCAGAACGAAAUUUCCAACCCAAAUAUUCAAGCCCAAGCUAUUUAUUCAACUAUGAAUUAUUAGACUACUAUUAGACGAACUUCCAGGUAGUGUAAACAGAGCUUCACUGAUGGUUGAUGAAAUAAUAAAUAUACAAUGUUGGUUAUCAGUAUCUAUGCAUAUGCGUCAGCUUGCGGACCUUUAUGGACUUUAGAAUGACGAAUUACGUUUGUUUGACAAAACAACUGACAUUGUAGUCUGUUGUCCUAUAGCUUGAACAUACGUCUCUUGUUUUUGAUAUUCAAUUACAUAUUAAGACAAUAAGUUGAUCUGCAUGUUAAAAAUCUGAAAAGUUAUUGAAAAUGUGCGUUCACCGGAAGAUUUCCGGGCUUAAGGAUAAACAAUACAGUUUGAUUCAAUGAGUAGCUAAUACGCUUUGAUUCAUUGUUAAUUGAUGCAUUCGAAAUUUACGCAAUAUGUCGUCUAAUUCUUCAGACAAAAACGUUGACGAAUGGUUCUGCUUCGUAUUUACUGUGACAAGUAGGUCUUUGUAUUUAAAUUGUGCUGUAAUGAAAGGACGUAAUUAACGCUACUUUAUAACACGAGCACACAAAUACUACAUUGAAGACCGUAAUGAAUCAUCUUAUACAGCAGAAGAAGUCGCCCACGUUUCAACUAUUGAGCUAAUUGCCAAUGAUGAAUCCUACUUUGAAGUUGAAAAGACUAAAAUAUAUCUCGACUUUUGUAACCGACGAAGCAUUUACUGCCGAUUUAGCAUUGCUUCUAGCUGGGUGAUGCAAAUGAAGGUUCCCGUUACAAAUAGGUACGAAAAGAUGAUGAUCUGUUUUAUUUGCAUGUACGCGUGGAAUUAAAACACUGAUGCUCGUGAACUAUGGACUUUGGCCUGUGCAUUAAUGAUAGAUUAUUCACUGGAAUUCUAAAUGUUCAAUAUAGUCUAUUGUCUUAGGACCAAAGAACACAUAAAAACAGUUUGGACCUAUUGGAAAAUUCAGGCCCGAUCAUAAUUUGACAGAGGAGAGCUUACAGUGAACGACUGUGAAAUAUGAUCCUCUUAGAUGAGUUAAUCUUUAAUUUUUGGUAAACGACUACGAUGCUUAAGAAAGGGAUACUUGGCACUGUAAGAUAGUAAAAAAACACUAACAACUACAUAGGUUUGCUAAAUUACCGUGUAGCCAUCACAUAUAGAGGAUACUCAGAAAUGCACAUAAAUAUAUAGGGUGGGACCAAAGUCUGACAGUUUUGAA